GUGUUGUGAAACCACCAAGUCAGCUGUCUCAGUGUGGUAGUCUUUUAAAUAUAUCUGAAAGAAGAUCAGAUCUGUCAACACUCAGCUCUGACCAGACUCAAGCCAACAGCAGUGGAGGAUCUGAUCAGCAGGGCUUUAAGAUCUUUUCCCUUUUUGUGAUAAAGGCACAAUGGAAAUGAACUAUGAAGACAGCUAUGACUACUCAUACAACGCCUCAGAGAUGGACGUUACUCCUAUGAUCCAAAUCGAUGGCAUAAUUUCUCGGUCUGGACCAACAUGCCUGAAGGAGGCCUCAUGUGUGUCUGUGGUUGCCGUCAGCGUGGUGAUUUUUCUCAUGGGUUUUUCUGGGAAUGCUUUGGUCAUUUGGAUCUCUGGCUUCAAGAUGAAAAAGACCGUCAACACUAUCUGGUACCUGAGCCUCGCAAUCUCUGACUUUGUGUUUUGCGCCUUCCUGCCUUUCAAUAUUGCCAGUACGGUGAUGGAGGAUUGGAUUUUUGGGCACUUUAUGUGCAAGUUUGUACCUUUUGUAAUGUUCCUCAAUAUGUUCAGUAGCAUCUUCCUCCUAGUCAUCAUCAGCAUUGACCGCUGUGUGUCAGUGAUGUGUCCAGUUUGGGCUCAGAACCAGCGUACCAUUAAAAAGGCAGCAUUCAUCGUAGUUGCAGCCUGGCUUCUGGCUGCUGCGAUGAGCUUUCCCUCCAUAAUCUUCCGUGAUGUGACCCACAGUUUAGAUAAGACCAUUUGCUUCAACAAUUACGCAUCAGAUCAUGACAAUCACAAGAUUGUUGGUCUGAGCCGUGCCCUUGUAGGCUUUGUCGUUCCUUUCAUAGUCAUCAUCAUUUGCUACUCCAUCAUCAUCAUUAAGCUUCAAUCUAGCAGGAUGGCAAAGUCUACCAAACCUUUUAAAGUGAUGACAGCACUCAUCGCCACAUUCUUCAUCUGCUGGCUGCCAUACCAUGUGUUCAUCAUACUGGAGAUGAACCAUCAACUAUACGACCACACAGUGUUAAUCAGUGGGCUCCAAAUAGGCACUUUGUUAGCAGCAGCAAACAGCUUCCUCAAUCCUGUGCUGUACGUCUUCAUGGGCAAAGACUUCAAGAAGAGCUUGAGGAACACUCUGGUCUCGAGACUGAAGAAUGCAAUCGCGGAGGAUGGUCAGACUGUCAGCAGAUACCUAUCUAGGUCAAGCUCAAUGGAUGCCAGAGCGUCCACUCAUAUUUAGAACUUGGAUCUUGCCCCUAAAAUUGCUUUCCUUCUUGCACAAACUGUACUAAAGUAUACGUUUGUGACAUGUCUGCUAGAAAGAAAUCCAGCAAUAAACUAGAUGUUUUAUUCUUACAAACUCACAAUAUUGAGGAGUACAAAACAAGUUGCAUUAAUGUCAAUAAAAUGUAUUUGAGAAAGUAUGUAGGGCUGUGCAUUUCUAAAUUAAACACUUUUUUUUAUUUCAUUGUCUAAUAGAAUAUGUAGAUGUUCUUUUUUCAUGUAAAUGUUUUAUUUGUACCGUUUGAAGUGUUUAAUAUGUUUCACAGAUGUUUGGUGAUGGGGGGGGGCAGUUCAAAGCCUUGUAGAGCUUCAAUCAUAACAGAGGAAUUAAAUAAAAAUUAAAUUGUGUUUAAUACACUUGGAAUCAAUAGGGUGAGUGAAGCUGUACAUACAAGCUGUACAAUAAUUUGAAUCAUGUAUUAAAGCUGUAAAACAAAUUUGUACAACCAAUGGCUAAUUGUUUUAAUUUUUUGUAUUUUAAAAUAAACUAAACUUUGUGCAAGCUUUU